AUGUCUGAGCGUAAAGUCCUUCAGAAAUACUACCCUCCAGAUUUCGAUCCCAAUGAUAUCAGUCGCCGCCGAGGGCCCAAAGCUGCUGGGCCGCGAAUCCAAACCGUCCGACUCAUGGCUCCUUUCUCCAUGAAGUGCUUGAGCUGUGGUGAAUACAUCUACAAGGGGCGCAAAUUCAAUUCUCGCAAAGAGAUCCGACCCGACGAAAAAUAUCUCGGCAUUCAGAUUCUUUUCUUCCACAUAAAGUGCACAAGAUGUAGCGCCGAAAUUACUUUCCGUACGGAUCCACGAAACACAGACUAUGCGAUGGUCAAAGGCGCCAUGCGAUCAUUUGAGCCGUGGAGAAAUAGAGAAUUGGCCGAGGAGACGGUAGAGGAAAGGCUAGACAGGCUAGAGCGAGAGGAGGCUGAGGCUGCUGGCGAAGAAGAGAAGAAUGCGAUGGAGGACCUUGAGGCAAAGAACGCCGAUGCCAGACGCGAAAUGGCUGCAGCUGAUGCGCUCGAUGAAAUAAGACAAAGAAACGCCAGGAUACAUCGAUCUGAAAAGGAAGGGACUGACUUCGCGGACACCAUCGUUCGUUCUGAAGAUGAGGAGCGGGAACGACAAGAGAGAGAGGACGAUGAAAUCGCUAAAAGGGCUUUUGCGGCAGCCAAACGGUUAGGCAACUCUACCCUUGAUAGCAUAGGCGAGACGGAAGAGACGGCUGCUGAAGGCACUGAGCUUCCAACCUCGAUCAAUGGCGACAACACACCACAGAAGGCAGUAUCGUCAUUAGAAUCGAGCACAGCAGAAACCUCGAUGCCACCGCCGUCACAGCCGCCAUCAUUCAAGAGAGUGGUGAAGAAAAAGAAAGACCAUGCUGCGUUGCUCGGUAUAAAGAAGAAGCCUUCUCUAGUAUAAAGGCCAAGAGGGCUUUUCUGAUGGGAAGAGGUGUUACGGCGCUCAUCGUGUGUU